AUGCGCUUCUCCUUGUUUGCCCUCGCUGCAGCUGUUUUCGCGGGUGCCGCCAACGCCCAGCUCAUAAGCCCCUCACCCAGCAGCGGCAUAGGCCUUAACCCUCUGGUCCAGUAUACGCGGCCUGGUCGCUCGAGCUUUGACACGUCGUUCAUCAACGUCACCCUCCACAAUGCCACGUUCAGCGCGCCCCUUACACCGACGCCCCAAUUCUCUUCAAACGACACUGAGACAGCAGAAGGCCGUGUCAACGUCAGCAUCAACGUCUUCAAGGAAGGGAACUACAACUUUACGGUCGUCGAGACCGACCCCAGGACCAAGAGCAUCCUCUCCACGACGAGUUAUCUUGUCACGCUCGACUACGAUAUCUAG